AGUAACCAAGCCGGGGAUUCCAAGAUGGCCGCGCCCAUGUAGCCAUCUGUCAAGUAAUGGGUGAACAGGUGAAAUUCGUAUUACAGGAGGAUAUGGACAGAAGUAACAGUUAAUAAGUUGGCCACGGACAGGGAAACCAGCGAUAAUGGAGACUUUUACACUCUACUCAGCCAUCCUCCUUGGUGUGGUCAGUGUAUGCUAUUUCAACUCACUCAGCUGUGGCUUUGUCUUUGAUGAUGUUUCUGCUGUGGUUGACAAUAAGGAUUUGCGACCACGGACCCCAGUUUCAAGAUUAUUCUGGAAUGACUUCUGGGGCACACCAAUGGCAAAUGAGAGAAGUCACAAGUCCUACCGGCCUUUAUGUGUGCUGACAUUUCGGCUCAACUACAGUGUCAGUGAGCUUCAACCCCUGACCUACCACUUGGUGAAUGCUGUACUGCAUGCAGUUGUCUGCAUCAUGUUCAUGAAGAUGUGCGGUAUGUUUCUGAAGCAGUGGACAUCUUUUCUGGCUGCCUUGAUGUUUGCAGUCCACCCUGUGCACACAGAGGCGGUGACAGGGGUUGUGGGUCGAGCAGAGGCUCUGUCGUCCAUCUUCAUUCUUGCUGCACUGAUGUCAUACAUCAAAUGUACUGGGUUCAGGAAGCCGAUAGAUUACACAUGGUUGCUAACCACAGUGUGUCUGGUUACAGUAGCAAUGCUAUGUAAAGAACAGGGAAUCACAGUUAUCGGCAUCUGUUGUGUCUAUGAAGUGUUUGUUGCUCAGAGGGCCUCUUUCUGGGAGCUGGUUGAUUUCCUGCAAAGCCUGCUGGGAGGGAAGCCACGGGUGCCAAGAUGGUUGUCCAUGUCAGUUGUGCGGAUGGUGUUCCUUGUAGGCAGCACUCUGCUGAUGUUGUUUGCCAGAAUCAAAGUGAUGGGAGCACAGCUGCCAGUGUUUACCAGGUUUGACAACCCAGCAUCAGUGGCAGACUUCCCUGCGAGGCAUCUGACUUUCAACUACUUGCUGCCAGUCAACUCGUGGCUGUUGCUCAACCCCUCCCUUCUAUGCUGUGACUGGACGAUGGGGACCAUUCCACUCAUAGAGAGCAUCACGGACUAUAGAAAUAUCUUCACACUUAUCUUCUAUGCAAUGAUUGUCAAGUUUGUGACUUAUGCUCUCAGCGGUCAGUGUCAAAGAUCAAGGUGUAUUAUCAUGUCUUUAUCAUUUCUAGUCCUUCCAUUUGUUCCUGCCUCCAACUUGUUUUUCCCCGUGGGCUUCGUGGUGGCAGAGAGAAUCCUCUACACUCCCAGCAUGGGCUUCUGCAUGUUGGUGGCGCUGGGCUUCCAGAUACUGGUUCACCAGAAACAGUCUCUGAAAUUGUUGGUGCAGAUACUGAUGGCUGGACUCAUUCUGACACACAGCAUCAAGACAGUUCUACGUAACAAUGACUGGGAAUCUGAGUACACACUGUUCAAAUCAGGGCUGAAAGUAAACCAGAAGAACGCCAAGCUGUUCAACAAUGUGGGACAUGCCCUGGAGAAGGUGGAGGAAUACAGUGAAGCCCUGGAGUACUUCCAGAGAGCUGUCAGUGUUCAGCCUGAUGACAUCGGUGCACAUAUAAAUGUUGGUCGGACACUGUCUACCUUGAACAGAACUGAAGAGGCAGAGAAAGCUUACAGGAGUGCCCUAGCUCUCUUCCCCCCUGUUAUACCUGGUAAGAGCUACACUACCAGGAUUGCCCCAAACCACCUGAAUGUUUACCUCAACCUGGCAAGCCUGGUCUCUAAGAACCCAGAUAGACUGCAGGAGGCGGAUGAUUUGCUGAAGACAGCAGUGUCAAUGAGGUCUGACUACAUCCAAGGCUACAUCAAUCGAGGGGAUGUUCUGGUGAAGCUGGGCAAGAGAGAGGAGGCUCUGCAGGUAUACCAGCAGGCCCUCAAGGUGGACGAUGACAAUGCUGACAUCUAUUACAAUCUAGGCGUGGUCAGCCUGGAGCUGAAGCGGUUUAAUGAUGCCCAAAAGUACUUCGAGGCAGCCCUUGUACACAACCCCGACCACACACAAACGCUGUUCAACUCAGCAAUACUGUUGCAAGAAGGAGGGGAUCCCAGGGAUAGGCCUGAGGCCUACAGAAGGUUGAAGAAGCUGAUGGAAGAAGACCCAGAGGACUCCAAGAUAUUCUUUAACCUGGCUAUGCUGGCCAUGGAUGACAAGGACUUUAUAGCUGCUGAGAAAUACUUCAAGCGAGCUCUAGAGAUUAGAAAGAACUUCCCUAGUGGACUGUUUAACAUGGCCUUGAUGCUGGUGAACGACAUGAACCGACCAGCUGAUGCUCUCGGCUAUCUCCGGACACUCCUACAGUACAAGCCAGACCACAUCAAGGGACUAAUCCUGAUGGGAGACCUGAAUGUCAACUUUGUUAAGGACCUCAAGGCAGCACAACAGAACUUUGAGGCAGUGCUGGCCCUUGACCCGAACCACGUUCAGGGCAGCCACAACCUGUGUGUGGUGUAUGUGGAGCAGGGUGACCUGCUGAAAGCAGAGAAGUGCCUGGUCCAUGCACAUAACCUGGCCCCAGAGGAGGACUACAUCAAACAGCAUCUGAAUAUUGUCCGCGGCAAGAUACAGCAGAUCAGAAAACAGAUGGCCUCACAGAAGGCGCAGGCUGCAGUGGACAAGCAACCCACCCAGGGCCAACAAUCAGCAGGGGCAGGGGACGAUCAGCCCCCACCCCAGGCCAACCAUCAGCCUCCCCAGGGCCGACAAUCAGCAGGGGCAGUGGACAAUCAGCCCCCACCCCAGGCCAACCAUCAGCCUCCCCAGGGCCAACAAUCAGCAGGGGCAGGGGACAAGCAACACCCACCCAAACAGUCUCCCCAGGGCCGACAAUCAGCAGGGGCAGGGGACAGGCAACCUUCACCCCAGCCUUGAUGUGAUGACAUCCUUUACAUCAUAUCAUCACACUAGUUUGGGACAUUAGUAAAUCAUGUAUGAUUUUAUUUUUUAAAUAAUUGUGUAAAUAUUACUCCCAUAUGUUGUAAAUAUAUUGGUUUAGGAUAAUUCCCAGAACUUUGUAGACUUGUAUGUUCUGGGGCAUGGACUAGGGUGGUAUCAUGAGUGUUAUUCUAAGAUACUGUCAUAAUACUGUUGAAAAUAGCAGCAAAACCCUUACUAUACUGUUUUAAUCAAAUGCCAAAACAAAGAAAUGCAGUCCUGUUUAUUCGUAUGUACCUCCAUUCUAUUAUGAUAAAAAAU